AUGACUUUGUUCCCCACAGUGGACCAAGCAUAUGCCUAUGUCCGCCGUGAAGAGGUUCGACAAGCUAUGAUGAUAGGUUCAUCCGCAUCCAUUGACACUAGCUUAGCGGCCAAGAGUGCGCCUCGAUCAGGGCCACCUGGUCAUGCAUGA